CUCCUGUCAUUCUAGACCUGACUGGAAUGGAGCCUACCGCCAUGAACACACUGGAUCAGACCUACAGCCAUGAUGAAAACACACCACAGGAGACCUACAGCCAUGAUGAAAACACACCACAGGAGACCUACAGCCACGAUGAAAACACACCACAGGAGACCUACAGCCACGAUGAAAACACACCACAGGAGACCUACAGCCACGAUGAAAACACACCACAGGAGACCUACAGCCACGAUGAAAACACACCACAGGAGACCUACAGCCACGAUGAAAACACACCACAGGAGACCUACAGCCACGAUGAAAACACACCACAGGAGACAUACAGCCACGAUGAAAACACACCACAGGAGACAUACAGCCAUGAUGAAAACACACCACAGGAGACCUACAGCCAUGAUGAAAACACACCACAGGAGACCUACAGCCAUGAUGAAAACACACCACAGGAGACCUACAGCCAUGAUGAAAACACACCACAGGAGGCCUACAGCCAUGAUGAAAACACACCACAGGAGACCUACAGCCAUGAUGAAAACACCACAGGAGACCUACAGCCAUGAUGAAAACACACCACAGGAGACCUACAGCCAUGAUGAACGCUGAUACAUCAGUGUUGCCCUGGCUGGACUGAGGAGUGCCCAAGUGUCACCUCCAGUAUUGAAGAGAUUGGCAGGCUUCGAGGCCCGAACCAGGGCUGUCCUGAAAAGUACACACAAUUUCCAGGUUUCUAAAGAUCCUGCUUGAUGUAUUCUGGGUUUUCUGCCUCCAACGGAGGUUUAGGAAAACCAGGCAAUUGGUUGAAGGUUUACUUUAGCCUUGACCCGGAUCUGGUUUGCCUGCCUGAGACUCUACAUAAGCUCCUCCCUGAUCGUAGUGGAGUGUGGCAGGGCCGGGAGACACGUUGCUAUGAAGUAGCUUUUACGGGGAACAGGCGUAUUGCCAUGACGAAGCCUUGUCCUGUAUUUCCUCGUUUGUCCGUUUUUUUUUUUGUGUGUAUAUCAUUUUAACCCUUCAUAUGUUGGAUGGACAGUUGUGAGGGACUUGGUUAAGAUUCAUGUCAGACAUUCAUAACUCUCCCAAAUAUCUUUAAUCUUUGUGCCUUAGACAACACCUGUCAAGUCUUUAUGUCAAAGUUACAACCAAUAUGACAAUCCUAUUUGUAAAUGAAAGUGUUGUAAGCACAUUGUUGGCAGCACAGUAGAUGGUGUGGUAUGUUUAUUAAUGUCAGCUUAUAGUUCAGGGCUUUUUAAUAAGGACAGACAUGUAGUAUGUCUGCACAUGUUUCUGACAAUUUAUGAAUGGAUAAUAUUGCACAUGAAACUUGCUAUUAAAGAGUGGUCUAUACUGAGCAAAA